CCUGCCCGACCGGUUUUGAGAAGAGAGCUAAGGGGACAGAGGGAGGAAGGCUGGGAAAGGAUGCCUGUCCUGCCCCAUGCUCGCGUGCACCCUCCGCCGCCUGAGCCUGUCUAGUUACCCACCCAAGUGACCCCCAUGGCGCGCACCGGGGGCCUCGUGGGGGCGUCCCUGCUGGGCCUGCUGCUGGGACUAGCCCGCAGCCUGCCCGGGGCGGCAGCCGCAGACUGCGACUUCCUCGGCCAGGCGGAGCGCCUGACGUUCGCGCCUGCAGCUAGGACCCGCUGGCUGACCCCUCGCGUGCGGCCGCCUGGGCCCCUGGACCCCCUCUAUGGCACCGUGCGUCGCUUCCUCUCGGCAGUGCAGCUCAACCCGUUCCCCUCAGAGUUGGUGAAGACCCUGCUGAAUGACCCGGCCUCCGUGAAGGUGAAUGAGGUGGUGCGGUAUGAGGCUGGCUAUGUGGUGUGUGCUGUCAUCGCCGGCCUCUACCUCCUGGCCGUCCCCACCACCGGGCUGUGCUUUGGCUGGUGCCGCUGCCGCCGUCGCUGCGGGGGCCGAGUGAAGACGGAGCACAAGGGCAUGGCCUGUGAGCGUGGCACCCUCAUGGUCUUCCUGCUGCUGACCACCCUCGUGCUGCUGGUGGGGCUGGUCUGUGCCUUUGUCACCAACCAGCGAACGCAUGAGCACACAGGCCCCAGUGUGGAGGCGGUGCCGGAGACCCUGCGCAGCCUCCAGGGCCUGGUCUCCAAUGUGCCUCAGGAGCUGCAGGCUGUGGCACAGCAAUUCUCGCUGCCCCAGGGGCAAGUCCUGAAGGAGCUGGAUGGUGCCGGAGAGCUCAUUGGGAACAUCCUCCACAGCGGGCUCAGCAGCACGGUGUACUUGGCACUGGCCUCAUUGCACAGCCUGGGCCAAGCCCUGCAGGUCUUCACGGAUCACCUCCGAGCCCUCAAUGACACCUUGACGGAGCUGCAGGGUCGGCAGGAGCCUCUGGAGUCGGCCGUGCGUGAGCGCCGGGAGCGCCUCCUAGCCUUGCUGCAGGAGCCCGGGUGCCAGGGCGACUGCCCCUGGGCCCUGGAGCAGGCCCACAUCCUGGAGCUGGGUGCUGACUUCAGCCAGGUGCCUUCCAUACAUACAAUCCUGCAUCGUCUAAGGGGUGUCCCGGAGGCCAACUUUUCCAGCAUGGUCGAGGAGGACAACAACACCUUCAACGCUCUCCCACUGCUGGCUGGCAUGCAGAUGGCCAACACAAUCAAAGAGCUGAAGGAGAUAGUGGCCCAGGAGCCCCAAGGACUGAGGACCUUGGCCGAAGAGUUUCCAGGCUUAAAGGCAGCCUCCCACUGGAGCCAGGCCCUGGAGAACUUGGAACGGAACAGCCGCCCCUACCUGCAGGAAGUGCAGAGAUACGAGACCUACAGGUGGAUUGUGGGCUGUGUGCUGUGCUCCGUCCUCCUGCUCAUAGUGCUGUGCAACCUGCUGGGCCUCAACUUGGGGAUCUGGGGGCUGUCUGCCCGGGAGGACUCCAGCCACUCAGAAGCCAGGGGCGAGGCUGGAGCUCGCUUCCUCAUGGUAGGUGUAGGCUUCAGUUUCCUGUUCGCUGCACCCCUCAUCCUCCUGGUCUUCGCCACCUUCCUGGUGGGCGGCAAUGUGCAGACCCUGGUGUGCCAGAGCUGGGAGAGCGGAGAGCUGUUUGAGUUUGUAGACACACCAGGAAACUUGCCCCCGUCCAUGAACCUGUCCCAUCUUCUGGGCCUGCAGAAGAACCUCAGCUUCCUCCUGGCCUAUCAGCAGUGCAAAGAGGGGGCUGCACUCUGGAAAGUUCUGCAGCUCAACAACUCCUACGACCUAGAGAAGCACCUGGAUGUAAGCCAGUUUGCUCAGAAACUGCAGCAGCAGGUGCAGGGUCUCAAAAUGGACAUGCAGGAGCUGGAUCUGCUGACCCCAGCUGCUCACCGGGACCUGGAAGCCCUGAAGAGCAGUGGGGUUGAGCGCAUCAACUACCACGACUUGCUCGUCCAGAUCCAGAAGCCCGUGGUGAAGACCGACAUGGAGCAGUUGGCCCAGCAGUUGGAGGCACUGGCCCAGGCCCAAGUCAAUCCUGGGCUGGGGCAACAGCUGCAAGAGGAAGCCCAACGACUUAGAAAUCUCUAUCAGGAGAGGGUCACUGCCCAGCAGAACUUCGUGGCCAAACUUAACCUCAGCAUCAGGGCCCUGGAGUCCUCCACCCCAAAGCUUCAGCUAGAGGUUGCCGAAGUCCUAAGCAACAUCACUCGUCUAAAAGCAGAGCUGCCUGCCCGGACCAACCACAUCCUAAGGAACGUCAGUGCAUGUUUCCUGAGUCGGGAGAUGGGCUACUUCUCCCAGUAUCUGGCCUGGGUGAAGGAGGAGGUGACCCAACACAUUGCCACCUGCCAGCCCCUAUCCGGAGCUCUGGACAACAGCCAUGUGAUCCUGUGUGACAUGAUGGCUGACCCCUGGAAUGCCUUCUGGUUCUGCCUGGCCUGGUGCACCUUCUUCCUCAUCCCCAGCAUCAUCUUUGCCAUCAAGACCUCCAAAUACUUCCGUCCUAUCCGGAAACGCCUCAGCUCCACCAGCUCCGAAGAGACGCAGCUCUUCCACAUCCCCCGGGUCACCUCCCUGAAGCUGUAGCACCCUCCUGGCUGGACAAGGUGACCCCAGGACUGCCCAUCUGUGUCCCCACUGACUCGCCUGGACCCAAGGAUGUCUGUAGCUCUCCAGAGCCGGCCUUCCCCUCCCCUCAGCCUGCCCAGCUCCAUCUCGCCUGCUCCUUUCCACCCCAUUCUGUAUAUGCCCCGCCAUCCCUCACCAUGCUGCCAUCACAUGUCU